CUUUCAUUUAAUAAUUCCACCCUCCUGAAACCAACAAAAAAAGAAAAAAAGAAGAAAAAAUUCCACUUUAAAUACCCUUCAAAACCACCCUAAAAGCCCACAAAUUUCUCUUCAUGCAUUUGUUUCCCAAGAAAAUGAAGUUCCUGCAUCUACUUACUUGGCUUCUUGUUCUCACCUCCUUUCUUGAGCUCUCUUCGAGUGCUCCAGGUUUAUGCAGGUCUAAAUGUAAAAAGAGAUGUGCAAAAGCUGGGGUGCAAGAUCGUUGCAUGAAGUACUGUGGGAUAUGUUGUGCAAAAUGCGGGUGUGUGCCAUCCGGAACUUAUGGGAAUAAACAUGAAUGCCCUUGCUAUGGCAACAUGAAGAACUCCAAGGGCAAACCCAAAUGUCCUUAAUUACUUAAUUUCUUGCCUUUUCCCUAAGUUCUAUGCUCUAUAUGGGCCUUUUUAAGUUCAA